CGAGGGGCCGCCCUUCUCUAUGGAUACUGUGACCUUAAAAGAAUCCCAUACAAGCAGUGUGGCAAGUUGAUAGUAGCAGUACAGCACCAGGAGAUCCCAAGAUUACAAGCCUUGUAUGAGAGAGGGCUGCAGAACAAUGUGCCAGGUCUCCGAAUCAUCAGUGCUAAAGAAAUCAGGGAGAAAGAGCCCUACUGCAAGGGUAUAAUGGCGCUGGACUCUCCAUGCACAGGAAUAGUAGAUUACCGGCAAAUAGCUCAAUCCUACAGCAAUGAUUUCCGUGAUGCCGGAGGAAGCGUCCUAACAGGAUUUGAAGUGUCUGAUAUAAACAUGGUGAAUGAGAGCCCAGCAGGAUCAGAGCAAGGCCUGGAAUAUCCGGUUGUAAUCAGGAACACAAAGGGAGAAGCCGUUCGCUGUAAGUACGUGCUGACCUGUGCUGGUCUCUUCUCAGACCGAUUGUCCCAGAUCAGCGGAUGUAGCUCAGAACCUCGCAUCGUUCCUUUCCGGGGAGAUUACUUGGUGCUGAAGCCGGAAAAGUGCUAUCUGGUUAAAGGGAACAUUUACCCAGUUCCAGAUCCACGCUUCCCGUUUCUCGGAGUUCACUUUACGCCACGCAUGGACGGGAAUGUUUGGCUUGGUCCAAAUGCCGUGUUAGCUUUUAAAAGAGAAGGCUACAGACUGUGUGAUUUUAAUGCCAGAGAUUUUGGAGAAGCCGUUACGUACAGUGGCCUUCGUAAACUGGUUCUGAAGAAUCUGGUUUAUGGGAUGGGGGAGAUGUACCGAGCGGUGUUUCUGCGAGCGCAGCUGAAGGAAUUGCAGAAGUUCAUCCCGGAGCUGUCUAUUAAUGACCUUCUCAGGGGACCCUCUGGAGUCCGGGCUCAGGCCCUGGAUAGGGACGGUAACCUGGUAGAUGAUUUUGUCUUUGACGGAGGUGUUGGAGACAUCGGGAGCCGUGUUCUACAUGUGAGGAACGCCCCAUCCCCAGCUGCGACCUCAUCCCUGGCCAUCGCGGAGAUGAUCGCCUCUGAAGUGGAAGAGCGGUUCAGCCUCUGACGGGGCCUCGUCUCUGACUGUGGACCGGAUCGGCUGUCCCCGAAUGAACUAGAACUUCCCGCUCCUUGUUCAGAAGCUCGGCCUUCUCUCCUGCUUGGCCCGUGUGAAUCCUCCUGAGCAGAAUGAGUCCGAUUUACUGUAUAGAACAAGAUUGGAGGCGUUCGGAUGAGGCGCCUCUGCCGACACCUGGACUCAGAUCGUGUCUCCUUCUAUCACCCGGGCCUCUUCAUUCUGCUGUGAAUUUUACCUUUUGCAAUGAAUAAGGUGAAAUCUGAUCAAAAAUCCACCCUGGA